UUCUUUGUUGCACUUCUUUUCUUGCCACCAAACCCACCAAAAGGAUUGGCCCCAUCGCAUCCGUGCCGAGCACACCCAGCAGCCACCGGUGCGGCCGCAAACGACCAACGAAACCGCCAACUUCCCGUUCUCCGAAGGAGCCCGAAGGAGGCCAACCAACAACCCGAACCGAACAGAACCGAACAGAGCAGAACAGAACCGAACCUCCCCCGAGCCGCCCCGCGGAAAAACCCGAUGACCCUCGCGCUCCGCUGCGGAUUCCCCCCGGUCGCUUCCGCCGGGAUUCUCGUCCUCUGGAUCCUCCUCCCGGCCUCCUCCCUGGCGUGGGUGGGGCCCGCCGGGGGAAGCGCCCGAAGAACAACGCCGGGGGUUCCGGUUUCGUGUUCCUUUCAGCGUUCGUUUCGGUCAUGCGUCUCGCCGCCGGCAGGGCGAUCGAAAACCACCGCCGCGGCGGCGGCUGCUUCCAGAAGCACCGCUCCCCCCGCGGAAGAAGAGGUGUCGAAACUCGAGUCCUACGAGUACGACGGGUGGAACCUGACCUAUCGAACCCUAGCCAGCGGCGACGGUAGCGAUAGCGAAAACGAAACCAGCGGCAGCGGUGACCACCACAACGUUCUUUUCGUUCACCCCGUCGGGAUCGGGCUUAGCUCCUGGUUCUGGGAUCCCCUCCUGGCCCGCAUCAAGGACAGAAACGAGAGACAAACGACAAAGGGUGGCGGCACCACCCUCCGGGCCUACGCCCCCAACCUGAUCGGCUGCGGGAUCUCCGAGGGAUCGGACGCCUGGGACCCGGACCAGCGGGGCCUCCCCCUCCCCCUCGGGUGGGCCAGGGGCUGCGAGGCCCUCAUGCGGGAGAUCGACGACCGGGACCGUGGAAAAACCACCGGGCCGCCCCCGUCGUGGACGGUGGUGGCGCAGGGGGGGCUGGCCCCCGUGGGACUCCUGCUGGCGGCACGGAACCCGGCCACCGUCCAGAAGCUGGUCCUGGCCUCCCCGCCGACCUGGGGGGACAUGGUGACCCCCGUUCCGGCUUCCGAGCUGGAACGGAACUACGGCCUGCUCCGGUCCAGGAUCCUGGGCCGGUUGGCCUUUUCGAUUCUCGAGAAGCGCCCGUUCAUCGAGUUUUUCUCCAGGCUCUUCCUCUUCACAAAGGACGGGGAAAGCGGCAGAAGCGAGGACUGCGACAUCGAAACCUGGCUGGACAACACCGAGCGGGAGCUCUGCGGGGAGGCCCGGCCCCCGGUGUGGGCCUUCAAUGCCGGCCUGUGCCAGCACCGCUCGUUCUCGGACGAGUUCGAAACCAUCCGGGAGACGGGCACCCAGGAACUCGUGGUCGUCCAGGGAGCCAACGACCUGCGGGACCGAUCGGGGUACGUCUCGAACCGGGCGGUGGGCGAUUUGGUUGUUGUUCCGGGAGCGACGAACGUGGUUCCCUGGGAACGGCCGUCGGCGCUGGUGGACCUCCUCGGGUAGGAACCAGCGCCGGGCACCGGUGGGAGGCAAAGCGCAACGAACGGCAGACACCACGGGCCUUCCCCGAAUGGAAUGCACACGCCAACGAUGUGUGUGCACCGCAUUGCGAGCACUUCCUGCGGCGAUGCCCGAACCCACGGGCAGCGGCUCGCGGGGUGGGGGAGCACCUCUUGGCCAAGCGGGUGCCCGCUGGUCUUGCCCGUCGGUCCAUCGUCUGGCACGGGACUUGUUGCGAACCCACGGCAUUUGUUACGACCAUAGGAAUAUACUACAAUACGAAUGCAUCAUUCAUUCUAUUGCGUGUAGUAUGGAAUUUCGGCUAAAAAAUAUUAUAGUCUCCA